UAACCUCCAAUGCCACAAAAAGCAAAUGAGCUUGGUGGGAAUUCGAUUUAUUACUUCUCAUUAUUGGAAUAGAGAUCUAUAUAUAUAUACUGCAAGAAUCACUUCUGUUUAGUCUCCGAGAUUACAUCUUUAGUUUGUACAUUCAUUCUGAGAGAUCUUUUGAAACAAAUUGUGAAUUUACUCGCGGGAUUUUACACGUCAGAUAGGUUUCUUGGACAAUUGUGAAUUGCAAUUCCACGAUAUUAAGAAAAAUGAAUAGUUCGUUUGAUGAAGAUCUGUUGUUCAGCUAUUUUAACAUCACCCCGUUCAGUAACUACGAUAAAUCUGACGUGGAUCUCUCUAUGCCAAACCUUCUCCGUGAAGAAUCAUGGAAAAUUACUUUCAUCCUUGUAUUCGCCAUUGUGAUUUUCUUUGGAUUCUUUGAAAACUUAGCUAUAGUGAUAGUUAUCAUAAUCAACAAGCAGCUUCAUACCGUAACCAACAUAUUCAUCUGUACCCUAGCUCUUUCUGAUAUUAUGCUGUGUGCUUUUAAUUUACCGUUCCAGCUUCAUUAUGGGAUCACUGAUUUUUGGAAAUUUGGACCGGUGCUUUGCCGUGUAAUUAUUCCAAUGUUUACGAUGCCAGUCUUUGUGUCUACAUACGCCAUGCUAAUGAUUGCUAUUGAACGUUACAUCGUUAUUGUAUUUCCCUUUCGGAAAAAGAUCGCCAAAAAGCAAGCCAUUUGUAUUGUGGCUAUCAUCAUAUUAUUUGCAAUGGCUUUCACUGUGCCCGCCAUUGUUCAUACAGAACUCAAAAUAGCCGAAUAUGACAUGCGACCUUUUAUUGAUGAACGAAUAUAUCGCCCAUUCUGUCUUGAAGUUUGGGAAGAAAGGUCAAGCAGAAUUUACACAAUUUUCGGAUUUGCUUUUCAAUUUGUGAUCCCCAAAACCCUAAUUUCCGUUCUGUAUUUUCAAAUUUAUCAAGUACUCAAACGACGACCCGUAAAGAGGAAAGAGACCAGAAGAAAUUACCACAUAACGAGGAUUUUGGUCUCCAUAACGAUUCUGUUUACUCUUACCUGGCUCCCCUUCCAGCUCUUUAGCAUCACAUUGUACUUUAGUCCUGAUAUAUUUCAAACGCUUGGUGCAGCCUACAAACUGGUGGAUCUAUUAUUGAAAAUAAUUGCCAUGAGCUCUUCAUGUAUUAAUCCAUUCUUUUACGGUUGGUUAAAUAACAAUUUCAGGCGGGAAAUGGGAACCAUGCUGGGGCGAAAUCUGAAAAAAAUACAGAGAAGUACAAAUGGAUUUACAACGUACAACAAUACUAACCUAAAUUCCAAAGAGGACAAUGAUAGAUCGAGUUCUAAAAUGGAAGGAAAUGGCCUGCUGCAGGAUGUUGCCAUUUAAAUUAAAACUGUUGUCGGUAUGCCCAUGUCACUAGCUCUGUGAUCCUGGCAUAAAAAGAGUAAAACAAAUAUACAUCGAAGUUAAAUAGAUUUUGAUUUGUUGAUAAAUAUAAGUAAAGAUUUAAAAUACAAAAUGUACUUCAAGAAAAUUUGGCUUAUUUCAUAACUUUAAAAUGUUUGCUCAAAUUGUUAUACAUGUAUUUGUGGGAUUUGUUAAUUUUUAUAAUCUAGAUCGAAAUAUUUACUUUUUCAAAUGUUUUUAACUUACAGUACACUAUUUAAACUGAGCAAUGCUUAGAUAUCACAGUAUAAAUUCAAAUUCCGAAGAGGGUGACGAGG